AUGGAGGGCACGAAUCCACCAGGAAGACGAUCAUCCUCUUCUCCUGCUGCAACGGGAAGCCAGGAUGAGCGUCAGACAGUGAUCUUUGCUCUCUUGAGCGCUCAGGUGGGUUCUCCGCAGCUACUAUCAUCCGCCGUUUCUUCCCCGGCCAUGCAGCAUGGAGUAGGAUACCCUGGUUUGCAAUGUAACCUGCUUUUAGCGAGCUCGUCCAGCUUAGCAACGGCUCCAAUGGGCCGCUGCCACUCACAGUCUGGUGGGUAUACGCAAUACGCAGAGCUUCCUGGUUCCGUCGUCCGAUAG